GCACCCACCAGCUAUGGGUCGACGCCUGUUCGCGCACAACGGUUGAUAUUAUAGGCCUCAGUCAGCAAGAUCUGGUGUUUCUAAUCAUGGUCGCUCCUACUAGGCCCUCUCGCGGACCCUCUUUGUCACCUAAAAUGUAUAUAACUCGCAGCACCGUUCACUCCUGUGACCAGUCGUAUCAUCUUGAACCAACAGUUCAUCUUCAUACCCUCUAAACGUUUACCAUGCCCUCGCCCGAGGUCCAGAAAGCUCUCUUGUUCGCCGCCAAAGGCAGCCCUUUUGCCGUUGGCACCCGUCCGAUUCCAAAACCUGGCCCUGGUCAGGUUCUGGUCAAGAUCCAUUCCGCCGCACUCAACCCAGUCGACAAUUUCAUCCAGUCCUUCGGCGUAUUCGUCGAAGAGUGGCCUUUCGUCGCUGGGUCCGACGCAGCUGGUGUAGUUGAGGCCAUCGGAGAAAACGUCCAAGGCUUGGAGAAGGGAGAUCGCGUAUUAUAUCAAUGCCUGUUCACGCCUGACAGGGGCACGUUCCAACAGUAUGGAAUUGCAGAUGGGAUUAGGGCUGCAAAGAUUCCGCCGAAUAUUUCCUUCGAAGGAGCCAGCACACUACCUCUUGGCCUCGCGACUGCAUCGAUCGGUCUGUACGAAAAGAAGAGCUCCCGCGGUGGUGUAGGGCUUUUCCCACCCUGGGAAGAGGGCGGCCGAGGAAAAUAUCAGGGCCAGCCGAUCCUUGUCAUUGGUGGCGCCAGCUCCGUAGGCCAAUUCGCUAUACAACUGGCAAAGCUCUCCGGCUUUAGCCCUAUUAUCACGACUUGUUCCUCUCAUUCCGCCGCAUACUGCGUUGCUGCCGGGGCGACGCACACAAUUGACUAUCAUACUACGCCCUACAGUGACCUUUCCUCCGCAAUUCGCGCGAUCGUCGGCCCUUCCACUUCCAUCUCUGUCAUUUACGACGCAAUCUCCAUCCCGGAAUCACAACGCGCAUGUUGGGAUAUCCUUGCUCCAAAUGGGAGCAUCGUAGUGACGCUAACGCCUGUGGUCGGAAAGGCCGGAGAGGAGGCAGAGGACGGAAAACGCACGGUGUGGGUAUAUGGAAAUGUGAAUCAGCCCGACAAUCAAGAACUUGGUACGGCACUUUACUCUAAAUUGACCGCGCUGUUGGCAGAAGGGGCAAUCAAGCCCAACAAUAUCGACGUGUUGCCGGACGGAUUGGCCGGGAUACCAGACGGCUUGAAGAGAUUGGCCAGUGGGGUCAGCGGAGUCAAGCUUGUCGCACAUCCUCAGGAGACACCAUGAAGUAUGCAGUUGCUGGUACAAUCCAAUCUUGCCUUUCCGUAGUGUGUGUAGAUGCAACGAAUCGCGUGAUACGUAUAAAUUAGUUAAGAUACUGCCUGCCUUGGCACUUGCUUCGUACUUUGAUC